AUGUUUAAUGAAUUUACGUCCUUAAUUAAUCAAACGAGUGCUCUAAUUCCAAAAAAGAAUAUUGCUAAAGUUUACAAACAUAAUCAAUUAAGACAAAUGAAUAUAUUCUAGAAUAAUCUAUCUACCUCAUCCAUUCAAUAUUCUAUGUUUCAAACAAAUUUUGGAACAAAGGAAUAUUAAAUUGUCCCAUAAGAAAGUUCAGAUUCUGAAUCUAUUAUCUAAUCACCUUCCUUAUAUCCAUCCUUACAUUUAGUUGCAUCUCGAUUCCUUCUAAGUAUUCAAUAUUCUUAAAUACCAUGUUCAACUGUAUUAAAAGAUGGUUUCAAAUCGAAAUUAAUUGUUAAAAACUUAGACAAUAAUGUUGAUAUGUUCAAAGUAUAAGAAUUCGUUGAUAAAUUACCAAUUAAAGGAUUCAUCUAAGAAUUUAAACUAAUUUUUUAUUAAUCAAAUCCUUGUAUCUUAUUUUAUUUGAAAACUGAUUAACCAUUAAUUAUUGCAAAUUAAUUUGUAAGCAAAUCAAACUCUAAAACAGCAAAAUCAAUAUUUGGCUACAAGUUCAAUUGUGCUCAACUGACUGAAAUUUAGAAGGAAUUUGCUGCUAUUAUAAUAAGAGGUUUGGAAGAUAACUUAAAUGCAAACCAAAUAGAAAGGAUUAUUUGCUAUACUUUGAAUAUGGAUCACAAAGAAUGUAUUCUUGAGAGUUCGAAAAAAAUAAUAAAAAUAGAAGAUGUUGGAUGCAUGGUUUUUGUAUUAAAAGAUUUGGAAUAUUGUGAAAGAGUGGUUGCUUCUUUGAAUGGAACUAAUUUAAAUGGAUUAUAAAAAAAUAAAAUAUUAGUAAAUGUUCAUCCUGAAUCUGUUAAAUUCAGGAAGGUUGAUCUUGAAAGUUCUAUUUAAAAAGGUUUGCUUUAGGUAAUUUAGUAGAUUAAUUUUAUAGAAAUAAAAAAAAAAUCAUUGA